CCAAUGCGCCGAGAAAACGCGAGGGUGGCGCGUCGUGGUGUUGAGUUGGGGUGGUGGUGGUCGGUGGAUAUUUUGUGGGAUUUAGCCAUUAUUGUAACUGACAAGUCAUACAUGACAAUGGAAUAAUUGCCACUGUCGCUGGAGGUCAGCAAUCUCCAAUCUGGAUGAAAUCUCACUUGACUUUGAGUACCUAUUGAAUUGUGUAGAUCUGUCACCAAAACUGAAUCUUAUAGGCUGCAAGUAAAGAUGAACAAUACAUACAACUCAAAUCCAAAGAUGGAUAGUCUCCCAUCAGCUGGAUUGUCAAAGGAAGGUGUUAUGAUGAGAGAGAAGAAGCCCAACCAAAUGAGCAAAGUGCAGAAAAUGAAACGACGGAUCAGCUCCAGCUUCGGCCGCCUCACCAUCUCCAAGAGCACCGACGCAGUAGACCUGGGCACGCGGGCCGAGGGCGGCGGGUGCGAGUCUACUGAGACGGGUCACCGUCGCUCCAACGGCUACUCGGAGGAGUGUCUGGAUCGUUUGGAGCCCAACGGCAACAUACCCAAGGACGGGUCGCUGCACCGCGGCUGGGAGCGACUGGCCGGCGGCGACUCGGUCGGCCGUCCCCCCAUGUCGGCCUCCUCCGACAGCCGUCUACUGGACGAACAGGGCCGCAGCGAGGCCAGAGUUGUACUACGACACAAGCGACCGCCCCGACCCAAAUCGGAGUGUCUGCUCAGUCAGGACAGCCGCGUCUCGAAACGUUACUCGGCGUUUGGGGGGGACUCGCCAUUCGGGAGACAAGAGGCCUACAUAAAACAGGAUAUGCUCGGAGAAGGCUCAUACGCCACCGUCUACAAAGGCUAUAGCAACCUGACUCAGCAGACGGUGGCGCUGAAGGAGAUUCGCCUCCAAGAGGAGGAGGGAGCGCCCUUCACCGCUAUCCGCGAGGCCAGUCUGCUCAAGGAGCUCAAACACGCCAACAUUGUCAUCCUGCACGACAUUAUACACACCAGGAGCGCGCUCACGUUCGUCUUUGAAUAUGUGCACACCGACCUCUCUCAGUACCUGGAGAAGCACCCGGGCGGUCUACACGGUCGAAACGUGCAGCUGUUUCUGUACCAACUGCUGCGCGGCCUCAGCUACUGCCACGAGCGGCGCAUCCUUCACCGAGACCUGAAACCUCAGAACCUGCUCAUAUCGCAGAUCGGAGAGCUCAAGCUGGCCGACUUCGGUCUGGCGCGGGCCAAGUCAGUACCGAGUCACACGUACUCACACGAGGUGGUCACCUUGUGGUACCGUCCGCCCGACGUGCUGCUCGGGUCCACAGAGUACACCACAUCUCUGGACAUGUGGGGCGUCGGCUGUAUCCUCGUAGAGAUGAUCGCCGGCGUGCCCUGUUUCCCGGGCGUGCGUGACGUCUCCGAUCAGCUCGACAAGAUAUUCCGAGUGAUGGGCACGCCGGACCCGCGUGUGUGGCCGGCGCUCACCGCUCUACCCAACUACAAACCGGAGAGGCUGGGACGGUACCGGGCGCGCCGGCUGGCCGACGUGUUCCCGAGGAUGGCCGAGAUGCCUCACGCCGAGUCACUGGCCAACCGGCUGCUGCAUCUGGCGCCGGAGCGGCGGGCGGCGGCGGACGCGGCUCGGCGCCACCGCUACUUCGGCGACCUGCCGGCGCUGCUGUCCAGCCUGCCGGACACUGCCAGCGUGUUCACCGUCCCCGGCGUGCGCCUCCACCCCGAGCCAAAGCACUUCGCGCCCGCCGUCCUCAAAAUGGCCGAGCAGCUACGCAAGAAACACUAGCGACGGCCGCGUGAAGCUCUAGUUCAGUGGAAGUCCGCCUGUAGCGCUGGCGUCGGUGCGCCGGGAGGAAGCCGCGCCAGGUAGGCGACAGUGGGUGCUGUAGGUGGGAAGGGAAAAGGAGGUAGGAAUGUCAGUCUAGUCACGUGGUUGGUGACACUAUCCGAGCCAGUUGGUGUCGAGAGGCCCGCAGAUCUGCUAGUGACUGGCGGCGAACGGUUGAUUUCUGCUCUGCCAUGCCGCCGCUCGGGUCAAAUAUGGAUGCACCGGAUUUCGCGUCUGUUUUGAUACAGACGUAGUGCUGUUCUGAUGUGUUUUACCUAUGACGAGUGCUCUAGUGUGUUUUUACUGAUUUAAGUUAUUCGUGUUUGUAUGCGCUGGUAUGUGCUAUUUUGUUAUUGAGCCUAGUACCCGAGAUUAAGAUGCUUUUUUAAGCUUGCUUACCCUAUGCAUAUCGUUGACAUUUGAGGGCUCAUUUAGCGUUCAAGCAUUGCUGCUGAGUUUCCCUGAUAGAGAGCGCCACAGACGCUAUACGUUGCAAAUAUUUGCAACGUUUUAAGCUCGUCCGAUUUUUGACGCUGGUAAAUCCUUCAGUGUCAUGAGUCCAGAAUCGCUUUGCGUGUGUCCCGUCCCAGUGGGUGUUUUUGAAGUCUUCAUACUGUGAUAGCGAGUGUGCGGUCUGGGCUCGGCUCGGCUCGGUCGGCUCCUCGCCGGCAGGAGCGCUGAAUCUCCCCGGCUCAGACCUGGAGGUGGCCCGCACAUCGCGACGGUCCGACGCGUCUUUCGUUUGUUUCUCACGGGCCGGCAUGGUGAGACAGUUUUAACGCACUGGUGACGAUUCUGACGCACACCCCCGCGCAUCGAUGUUACGCGCGACGGUCCCGACUCAAAGCGGCGUAAGUGCACAUAAGUGCUGGUCACGCCCUCGGACGGCCAGGACUCUCAGUUGCGGAGCUCGCGGGUCGAGUCUCCCCCGGUGGUACCCGAACGGCCAGAGCCGCACUGUCCAAAGGUAACCAUGAUUGUGGCUUUCAUCCAUACUGCGCGGGUCGCCUGCCCCCGUCUAUGUCGUCUCGCUCCGAUGAAUAGAAUUGAGUCUCGCCA